UAAGGUUAUAAUUCAACCGGUAUGAUAAAUGUCAGAUUAGUUAAUGUUUGUUCACAUUUUUGUAUGUAGAAAAUACAAUAAAGAAUUUGAUUUUUUAAAAUAAACAUUUAAAAGUAAUUUAAAGAGAUGGCUGCAUUUGAGGAAUUUGGAGUACUGCCUGAAAUCGCCAAGGCAGUUGAAGAGAUGGAAUGGAUGCUUCCAACUGAUGUUCAGUCAGAAGCCAUUCCACUGAUUUUGGGUGGAGGUGAUGUUUUGAUGGCUGCUGAAACUGGUAGCGGUAAAACUGGUGCUUUUUGUCUUCCAAUUUUACAAAUUGUGUGGGAAACAAUUAAAGACUUAGAACAAGCAAAAGGAGAAAAAGGUGGAACAGCUCCAACAAAAACAUCUGCUACUUGGGAAUUGAGUACAUCUGAUCGAACACCAGCCCUUGCUGUGUCUGCUGAUGGAUUGGUUUGUCAGGCCAGAGAAUUUAAGGAAUGGCAUGGUUGCAGAGCGACCAAGGGAGUAUUCAAUAGUGGGAAGUAUUAUUAUGAAGCAAAGAUAACUGAUGAAGGCCUAUGUCGUGUUGGAUGGUCAACAAUUCAGGCUUCACUUGAUCUUGGAACUGAUAAGUUUGGCUUUGGUUUUGGUGGUACUGGGAAAAAAUCUAAUAAUAAGCAGUUUGACAAUUAUGGUGAAUCUUUUGGUAAAAAUGAUGUUAUAGGUUGUAAACUGGAUUUAGAUUCUGGAAAAAUUUCUUUUUCUAAAAAUGGAGUUGAUCUGGGUUUAGCAUUUACCAUUUCUCAACAAGUUCAGCGUUCUCCUCUUUUUCCAUCAGUUUGUUUAAAGAACGCAGAAAUUACAUUUAACUUUGGUACUAAACCAUUUAAAUACAAACCAGAUGGCUUUAAAGCUUUGACUGAAGCAGAUAAGUCUUGUAUAAAAAACAAUGAUCCUGUUAAAGCUCCUUUAAAGAAAUUGAAUAAUGCUCCCCAAGCCCUUGUUAUUGAACCUUCAAGAGAGUUGGCUGAGCAAACAUUACAGCAGAUAAAAAAAUUUCAAAAAUAUUUAGAAAAACCUGCUGUGAAAGAACUUUUAAUCAUUGGUGGUGUCAAUGUCAAAGAACAAAUGGCCACAAUUGAAUCUGGUGUUGAUAUUAUUGUUGGAACUCCUGGACGAUUAGAGGAUUUAAUUGGUGGAGGUUACAUUUCUCUUGCACAGUGUCGAUUUUUUGUUUUGGAUGAAGCUGAUGGGCUUCUUAAGCAAGGAUAUAAGAAUUUCAUUAAUAAUAUCCAUGCUCAAAUCCCUAAAUUCACACCUGAUGGCAAAAGAAUGCAGAUGAUUGUUUGUUCGGCUACUCUUCAUGAUUUUGAAGUGAAAAAUAUGGCAGAAAGGUUGAUGCAUUUUCCUACUUGGGUAGAUUUAAAGGGUGAAGAUGCAGUGCCAGAGACGGUGCACCAUGUUGUUGUUAAAGUAGAUCCUCAGCUAGAUACCAGCUGGCACUCAAUGAAGCAGCAUAUUCAAACUGAUGGGGUCCAUAGGCAGGACAACAUUGGGCCUGGAAAGAAAUCAGCUGAAGCUCUCUCAGAAGCUGUCAAGGUUUUAAAAGCAGAGUAUGCUCUAAAAGCUAUUAAAAAACAUAAUAUUGAUAGAGCAAUUAUAUUUUGCCGAACAAAAUUAGACUGUGACAACUUGGAGAGAUAUUUUAAAAUAAUAGGACGUGGAGCAGGGAGAGACAAUCCUUUUACAUGUGUGUGUUUGCAUGGAGAUAGGAAACCAGCAGAAAGAAAAUCUAAUUAUGAUGCAUUUAAACAGGGUCAAGUGAGAUUCCUAAUUUGUACUGAUGUUGCUGCUCGUGGAAUUGAUAUUGGAUCCCUACCAUUUGUCAUGAACCUUACUCUUCCUGAUGAAAAGUCAAAUUAUGUGCAUCGGAUUGGUAGAGUUGGAAGAGCCGAUAGGAUGGGUCUUGCUAUAUCCUUUGUUUCAACAGUUCCUGAAAAAGUUUGGUUUCAUGGAGAAUGGUGUGCUUCGCGAGGUAGAAAUUGUUAUAACACUGAGUUGACUGACAGGGGAGGCUGCUGUGUUUGGUACAAUGAACCAAGGUAUCUAGCUGAUAUUGAAGACCAUCUGAACAUCACUAUAGAACAGGUCAGUCCAGACCUUGAAAUACCAAAAAAUGAAUUUGAUGGAAAAGUUACUUAUGGAGCUAGAAGGGUUGCUAAAGGCAGUGAUUACAAGGAUCAUGUUAGUCAAAUGGCUCCAGCUGUUUCAGAAUUGUCAAAAUUAGAAAGUAAAGCUCAGCUUACUUAUCUGAAAAGACACUUCUUAAAAUCUGCUGCUUAGAUUUCUUCUUUGGGAAAAUUAAUAUUUAUAAAAUGUUAAAAGUUACUUUUUUGUAACAAUAAAUAAUGCAAUUUAUAACAAUAUUUUUUAUUGAGCUAAUACAUAAUGGUAACUGGCUUCCAUUGACUGAUACAGGCAUGUAUAAUUAAUAAAUAGCUAAGCUUAGUGAUCUGUUGAUUUCAUAAUUAUAUAUAAUGUUUUUACACAUUCAUCAAGUUUACCACUAAAUUUUUAAAACCAAAAAUAUCCUUUAUUAUAAUAAAAUUUAAUUAUGAAAUAAAAAAACAUUUGGCUACUAAAAUUCGUAUCGAAUUAUUGCUUUCAAUAUAUUUAUGCUAGAAAUAGAGCUAUAUAAAAUUCACUUUAAAUAAUUAGCAUCUCUUGUUAGAAUGUUUUGGAUAAUUUCAAUACAGGAUCUCAAUUAAAUGUUAAGAACUAUAUAUAAUAUAUAUAUAUAUAUAUAUUUUUUUUUUUUUUUUAAAGAAAAACACUAAUUUAUGAAACAGAUUUUGAAAAGAAAUGAUGAUAAAUUCCAUUAUAUAUGCUUUUGGAUGGAUUAAAAGCAUAUCAAUUCAUCUUGAAAACUUAUUUUUUUCUAUCAGUUUUCAAGAAAUACAAAUACAAAGGCUUUUUUUCAAGUCAUGUCUAUCUUUAGAAAAAGAGCUGUAAUUUAAUCCCUUAAUAUUCGUGAGUUAUGUUCCAGGAAAAUCUCGAAUGCUGUCCAUCUUUCUAAGGAUAACAUUUUAUGAGCAACAAAGACAAAAAACAGAUUUAGUUUUUAUUAUUUUUAAUAACAGCAUGUACAUAAUUUACAAAUGAAUAAAUAAAAUAAACCUGUACCACUACAACCUAUAAAGGGUCUUGGGUUCAGUAAUAUUUAGGGAAAGCACUGUUUCUAGGUUAACAGUUGAGCAAGGGGAUGAUGCAGAGUCACACAACGGUUAAUGAAACAGAAUAAAUAAUUUUUCUGCCAUGAGUCCAGAUUCGUACCUGGGACCUGAACAUUGGACGUUCAGCGCCCUACCACUGAGCUACCCCACUCCCUACAUAUAAAUAAAAAUAAACAUAUUUUUAAUUUAAAUUUUUUCUUGUAAUUGUAAAAAAUGUGUUAUCUAUGAUUGUUGGGCUAGUUAUGUUUGUAUCUUUUGAAGUGCACAACAUAGGAUGUCAUCCAGCUCUUAAUACUCCCUUUAGCAAGAGAAAGAUCAUAUUCUACAGAAUUUUGAAUGAUUUGUUACUGAAGAGUUAGAAAUAGGUCUUACAGAUAUUAGAUGCGGAAGGACCUUGAAUUUUUUUUGUUUAAAGUGUCUUAUAUAUCUUUAUAUUUCUUAUUAAAUUAGUUUUGUUCUGACUGACGGAAAAUGUCUUAAUCGUUUACAACAAAGAAACAAAAUAAAACUUUUCCUUUCAAUGAAAUUUCAUUCAAUACAUUUUACAAGUGGAAAUAUGCCUCAUUAGUAAAAAUAUAUAUUCAGUAUGUAUAUACAUACUAUGCUUUAAAUUGCUUAAGCUUGUGAUUUUUAUUCCAUGAAUAUUCUAAUACUCAAUUCACGGAUGUCAAAUUCUUUGGAUUUUAAAAACAGUAUUAGCGCAUAAUCAAAUUUGUGGUUGCCAAACCCACUAAUUUUAAGAGAUUAUUAUAUCAAUAAUCCUAGGUCUGUAUAUAUACUGACUAAUACACUCCUAAGGAAUUAUUAGUGAGUUUUUAAGUUGAUAUCAACUUUCAUCAGAAUCAGCUCAGUUAUUCUAAACAGCUGAUGGCUCUUUCUUCUAUAAGAACUGGCUAAUAUACCAUUGAGAUAUUGUUCAAAAAUUGUCUCUAACUAUUAUAAUGAUUUAUAACUAAAUAACUGUACUCUCUUUAUAAAGGGUAUAAAAAAUUGUAUAUUCUAAAGUUUUACAAUUCCACUAAGUAAAAUAUAUACAUAUACUUACAGUUAUAGAGAUCUACUAAUGACUAUAAUGGUCUUUUAAAAUAACAUUUUCAAAACAGUUAAUAAACAAAGCAGUAGUAGCAAGUGUAAAAAAACAUAACUUCUUAAUGAACCUUGACUGCUUAAUUUAUGGCUGUUUGAUUACAGUAGUUUAAAAAAAGUAUGUACAUUAAUUUUUACUAUUAUUAGAAGAUUUAAUAUUACAUACUAUCAACUGAGUCAAAAGUGGAACCCUAUAACAUCUUAGCUCAGAUACACUUUGAAUUGAUACUAUGUGUUUCUACUCAUUAACUAUGUUUUAAAGAAAGACUAUUUCUAAAAUAUAUGAUCAUUUGUAACUCCCUCUAAAAACUGGAUUAUCCCUAUCUUCAUUCAAAGGUAAGCGAAAUUUAGAAAACUUGGCUAGCCACUGCUUAUGUUUGUUAGCAUAGAACAUUUGUCUAGGUUCUCUUUCAUCAGAACAUUUUGCUAGAAACAUGUCUUCAUAUAUACUUAGAAUUAAAGAAAACUCACUUCCUACACUAUGUUUCCCAAUCUUUGGAGUCUUUUCAGGAGGUGUACCAUCAGCAGGAUUGGAUGUAUCAAGGCGACCCCAAUAUUUUGGACAGUUUGAAUCUAAUAAUAACCUUUUUAUUUCAUGAAAUAUGAACCUACGAUGGCACCAGAGGGCUUCAUGUCCAACAAAAUUCCAAAUUAAAUCUGAGUUAAGUGAGAGUUCGUAAACAAAUAUCUUCAAUGUAAGAGGAAUGGUCUGAGCCGUCAAUUCAUAUGUUUUGAAGUUGUGAAGAAAUCCUUCAGUGGCUUCGUCAACACUGAAUAAUAUUAACUUGAUAACUUCCUGAUCAUAUGACCUACUAUCAAUGUAAGAUAAAAGGAAUGUUAUUAACUUCUGCCUGUAAUGGAAUCCACUAUAAUCAGAAACAUGUCUUUGGACCCAUUUCAUGGAAGCAGCCCAUUCUCUUUGUAAUGAAUUUGGCAAAGACUGUGUCAAACACCAAAUGCGAUGAGUCCAAGCAUGGUAGUUAUUUGAGUAACGAUCUGCAGCAGCUUCGCAAAUUUGGAUUUCAUUUUCAAAUAAAUUUUCAUUAUUUCUAGAACCUAAAAACAAAAUGAAUAUAAAAAAUUGUAUACAAAUAUACAUACAUACACACACCAAGUUGCAAUUAUCUUACUCUGGACUAAAUACUUAAGUAUCCAUUUCCGAAAAGCAUACAAAUCAGCACAUUUUGGUUUGAAUGUCAAUAUAACAGAUGUAAAAUGUAAAUCAAAAUAUGGAUCUAAUUUUCCACUUCUAAUAAGUUCCUUCCUCAUAUUCCAAAAUGUUGUUAUGUCCGGGUUCAGUAGCAAGGCACCCAUUAGCAAGGUGUUGCAUUUUUCAGCAUCUAAAAUAAAACUUAAAUAUAAACAAAAAUAAUGUUGCUCUCUGCUAUGAAUAUAAUUAAGAACAAUACAAAUUUAAUAGCACACU